GUCAUGACCAAGAGUCCCUGUCAUUUUGACAGCGGGAUGAGGAUGAAUUCUGUAAUUUGGUAGAAAUAUAAAAAAAGACAUCAGUGACAGAAGAGUGAAUCUAAAGCAAGGAAGGCGAAUCGAGCCACUAACUCGAGGAGCCAGAGCCAGAGUCUCCUCGAGCUAUGGAUGGCGCCAACAGAAUGAAACCAAGAAAACGUUCACGAAACCGAAUGUCACGGGCAAUCGUUUCUGCCACGAAAUUAAAGCAGUGCAAGAAAAAACAAACCGUUAAAACCAGGAAAUGCAUGUGUCUACCAUUAAAUUACGCGCUCGUGGAAUUUCCGAUCGUUUGGUCCGAACUUAGGGCCAAUCAACAACUUUGCGAUGGGUUAAUCAGAUGCGCCGGAAAUAAAACCUUUCCUGUUCACCGAGCCAUUUUAUCAGCAGUGAGUCCCUAUUUUAAAGCCCUCUUCAUCAAUAGCCUCAAGGGCGGUCAAUCUGAAGUAACUGAAGUUUCAAUUAAUGUUGUUCCGGCUGAUAUUUUUGGAUUAGUUCUUGAUUAUGCAUACACUGGUACCUGCAAAGUGACGCCAGAAAAUGUAGAACAACUUCUACCACUUGCUGAUCAAUUCGAAGUUCUCGGAGUUGUCCAAUUAUGUUGCCAAUUUUUAUUACAUGAACUCAGACCAGAUAAUUGUUUAGGCAUCUUCAAAUUUGCUCGACACUAUUUUUGUCGAGAUUUAGAAGAAAGAGGUCGCAAGUACAUACGCCACAAUUUCAAAAGAAUUCUCAAGGAUAGUACAGAAUUUAAAGAUCUUUCGAUUGAAGAAUUGGAAGCUAUUCUUCGCGACGAUGAAUUAAAUGUUCGAAAUGAGGAAAUUGUUUUCGAAGCAAUCAAGUUUUGGAUUGAGGCAAAAAUCGAUAAGAGAAGAAUUCACUUUCCAAGGCUCUUUCAAUGUAUUCGAUUUGGUUUGAUGAGUUCAAAAUUCUUCAAUAGUAAUAUACUUUCCUCGAGACUUAUUGAAAAUGACGAGGAAUGUAGACGAAUUUUAUAUCCUGUGCGUGCCUAUCUUGCGGAACAAGAUGCGAAACAAAGUGGAGAGACUGAUUUGAAACAUCCUCUUUCGAGACCCAGAAUUCCUUACGAGAUUCUAUUUGCUAUUGGAGGAUGGAGUGCUGGUUCUCCAACAAGUUUUAUUGAAACUUAUGAUACCAGAGCAGACAGAUGGUUUUUAUCAGUAAAUACGGAUUCAACGCCGAGAGCUUAUCAUGGAAUCUGCACUCUAAAUAAUUUAAUAUAUAUGAUUGGUGGAUUCGAUGGUAAUGAUCAUUUUAACACGGUUCGCUGCUUUGAUCCAGUCACUAAAGAAUGGAAAGAAAGAGCUUGCAUGUAUCACGCAAGAUGUUAUGUCAGCGUUUGUACUCAUGGUGGAAAGAUUUAUGCAUUGGGUGGUUACAAUGGCCACAACCGAAUGAAUUCUGCAGAAAGAUAUGAUCCCCAGAGAAAUCAGUGGGAGAUGAUCCCAUCCAUGCAUCGGCAAAGAUCAGAUGCAAGUGCAGCUUCCCUAGGAGAAAAAAUUUACAUAGUAGGAGGUUUUAAUGGGCACGAAGUUCUCAGCUCUGCUGAAGUUUUCGAUGUGGAAACCAACCAAUGGAAUUACAUUAAUUCGAUGAACAAUCCACGAUCUGGAGUUUCCUUGGUCGCUUUUCGGGGUAGUCUAUAUGCUCUUGGCGGAUUCAAUGGCUUCAGACGACUCAGCUCUGGAGAACGUUAUAGUCCCAACCAAUCCGAAGAUUGGCAGGAGGUUACAGAAAUGUUUAGUCCCCGUAGCAAUUUUUCGACCGUCAUUCUGGAUGAUAUGAUUUUUGCUGUUGGCGGAUUCAAUGGUUCAACUACAAUUGCUUAUGUUGAAUGUUAUGAUGCUGAUAGCAACGAAUGGUACGAUGCAUCCCCAAUGAACUUAAAUCGAAGUGCUUUGAGUGCUUGUGUCGUUACUCGUUUGGAUAAUGCCAGAGAAUAUUCAUAUUUAAGCAAAGCCCUGGAUCUUGGCCAAGGUCAAGUAUCGCCUCAAAAUCAGGAUAAACCAAAUCAAAGUGGCGAGAGGCCAUCAGUAUCAAUAAAUGAACGAGAUCUUGGUGAACCACAUCCACAAAUUGGUCCCAUCGAUGGAAUGGCAGAAGGUGGACAACUUCCUUUUCCAGAUGAAGAUAUGUACCAUGAAGGCCCUCCUAAUGAAUACUAAGAAAAUUUAUUCUUUAUUCAAAAAGCAAUCAGUAUUUAUUAAUUACCAUCUUUUAUAUUGUUUCCAAAAAAACACUCUUUUCUAAUCUCAAACAAAUUUUUUUCAAAUCUAAUCUUACAAAAAAUCUCCACAUGAAUUGAAAAAUAAUUUGAGCAUUUUCCCAAAUCCUUGUUCCUCUAAUUUCUUUUUUUAUCCUUUUUUUAAAGAAACUUUUGUAGAGUAUAUUAUUUUUUUAUAGGAAUCGGUAAAAUUUAACGGCAACCGAAGUAUUUUUUUAUUAAAAAUAUUAUAUGAAAUGUUAUGCAUAAUUGUUACAUGUAUAAAUAUGAAAGACUGUCCCACGUUUUUUAUUUACACAAGCGCAAGGUCAAAGAUUUUAAAUUAAAUUGUAUUCUAUUUUGCGAAAAUUGUU